AUGGGAAAGGCACUUCCUUCAGCGACCAGAUUCCAAGAGUUCACCAGAGUUGUCUCUGCGGACAAGCUCCCAGGCAGGCCCAGACGCACCAAGCAAGUCUCGCAAGUCCGAAUUUCGCCCCCACAAGCACCCAAAUCGGAGAGCUUUCGGGUCGACCCGGAGCGAAUUAAGCUGAAGAUGGAGAGCUCCGAGGGCCAGAGCCGGGUUCCGCUGGCCCGGGUGGUCUCAGACUGCGUGAAACGGUGGUUCCAGGACACGCUCAAGGAGGCCAAGGCGGGUGAUAGCUCCAUGCAGGUCUUGGUGGGUCAGAUGUAUUACAGCGGCUAUGGCGUUUCUAGAGACGCCAAAAAGGGGCAGGCUUGGAUGAAUAGAGCUUCGAAAAGUCGAACUUCGGUUUGGAAAGUGAGUAAUAAACCUCCAGGUUAUAACGCAAGUGAUUCAAACUCGGAUGAAUUGGAAGAGGAUGCAAAAUAA